AUGCUCAAGGUUCUCCUGUCAGCUCUGCUGGCUGUGUGCGCUCUAGGCGUGCUCAGACUAGUCUACCUCGUCUCAACGAGAGGUCAGACACGGAGAGGUCCCCGCAGAUCCGCCCCGUGUCGGACAUUGGUGGUGUUGGGGUCGGGUGGUCACACGGCAGAGAUGCUGGCUCUCCUGGCCGGCAUGAAGCUGAACAACUACCAGCCGAGGGUGUACGUGGCAGCAGAGGGCGACGAUAUGAGCGUCAAAAAAGCCGAGGCGUUCGAAUCGCGGCAGAAUCGAGAAGCUGACAUCAGGAGGAUCCCUCGAGCCCGUAAAGUCCUCCAGUCCUACGUGACUAGCGUUUUCUCAACGCUCUUCUCUCUCGCGUACAGCUUCCCGCUCGUCUGCGGGGUCUGGCCCGAUCUGGUUCUGUGUAAUGGACCCGGUACAUGCAUCCCGCUUUGUGCAGUCGCCUUCCUACUCAAAUUUACCGGUCUCCGAAAUGUCAGACUUGUCUACGUGGAGAGCAUAUGUCGCGUGAAGGCUCUGUCUCUUUCUGGCAAACUCCUCUACUACCUGGCCGAUCAUCUAGUCGUCCAGUGGCCUGAACUGCAGCAAAAGUACCCCAGAUCCUCUUACCUUGGUCGAAUUUUGUAG